AUGGAAGGAUCACGAACCCCUUUACUUCCGUCUGAUCUUCCAGAAUCGACCUCCUCUAAUAAUACUGGGAGUGCGAAUUUUCAUGCACAUGGAAUUCGUGGGUGGUCCGGUAUUCAGGGACUGAAGAAGAGAGGUCAUGGAAGUCGUUCAUGGAUACAGAUUGAUCCACUUGGGAACACAAGCGUUGUGGAGCUUGACAAGGCUACUAUAAUGAGACAUUGUUCUUUGCCUGCCAGAGAUCUCCGACUUUUGGAUCCUUUGUUCAUUUACCCUUCUACAAUAUUAGGAAGGGAGAAAGCUAUUGUUGUUAGUCUUGAACAGAUCAGGUGUAUAAUCACAGCUGAUGAGGUUAUCCUGAUGAAUUCUCUGGAUGGAUGUGUUGUUCAGUACAAGUCUGAAUUGUGCAAACGCCUACAGUCAAACAAAGAUCAAUCUGAUGACUUGCCUUUCGAGUUUAGAGCAUUGGAGCUGGCUUUGGAACUAACCUGCUCGUCUCUAGAUGCCCAGGUAAAAGAACUGGCAAUGGAGAUAUACCCUGUGCUGGAUGAACUAGCAUCAUCUAUAAACACUCUUAAUCUAGAGCGCGUGCGUAGACUCAAAGGGCACCUCCUUGCUGUGACGCAACGAGUUCAGAAGGUUCGUGAUGAAAUAGAACAUCUCAUGGAUGAUGAUGGUGACAUGGCCGAGAUGUACCUAACUGAGAAGAAACAAAGGUCAGAGGGUUAUCCCCUAAGUGACCUUGGUUUUCAAACUGACACCUCAAGUGUGGAAAGAGUGGGCUCAAAAUCUGCUCCUGUUUCUCCAGUGUGGUCAAUCAGUGGAGCACAUAAAUUGCAAAGGGCUUUUAGCAGUAUUGUGAGUUCAAGCAGACCCAGCUUAAUGAGUUCAUCUAAUAGUGGAGAAAACAUUGAACAACUGGAAAUGCUGCUUGAAGCAUAUUUUGUUGUCAUUGACCAUACUCUCAGCGAGGUGUUAUCGCUAAAAGAAUACAUUGAUGAUACUGAAGAUUUGAUUAACUUUAAACUGGGCAAUGUUCAGAACCAUCUGAUACAAUUUGAGUUGCUUCUUACAGCAGCUACUUUCGUGGCCACAAUUUUUGCUGCUGUUACAGCAGUUUUUGGAAUGAAUUUUCCCGAUUCUAUUUUUGAUAAUCCAUCGACAUUCAGCUGGGUACAAAAGGAUCUUUCCAUUGUAAAGUAUAGAGAGUAA